AUGUCAACCAACGACCCGUUACCUUGGGAUCAAGGGGCAUACCUCCAACACGCUGAGGUACGCAACAACAUGGAAGACCUUGCAGAUAACGAAGUGUCUGAGAGAGAUGAAAUCAGGAGUUUGGUUCCUAAAGGAGCUGUUGGUGCAAAUGCUUAUCGCAUCAAGAUUCCUUCUUCUAUUAAGAUCCAUCCGGUCUUUCACAUUGCCUACCUAGAGUUGUAUAAUCCGCCAGCCCAAGGCAAGUCUCCUAAUCAACAAUUCGAACCAUAUCAGACUGUCAUUGCUGAUAAAGAAUGGGAAGUAGCUUGCAUUCUCGACUCUAAGGUCACCCAAAAACGCAAUACAAUGGAUUGGGAACCGUCCGCCCAUCUUGUCAACGCUUCCCCGCGCUUCCGUCCCCAAAAAUCCUUGAAACUGUCCCAUCCCACCGCCUCAGCCAGUAAUUCGUCUGACAAAAACAACAACUCUGUCGAGACGAUGGCCAAAGAUGAUUUGAGCACAGAGAUAGAUAUUGAUGGUUGGGAAGAGAAGGAAGUCGAAGCAGGAGUCAGGCAAAUGACUAGGAUGAGUCUUUGUCUGUUGAAGAACGUUGAUUAUCAAGUAUAG